CACACCACAUAGCCUUCAAUUUCAUCCUAUAAAUACUACCUCUCCUCCUCUUGUUUCAGCACCAGCAAAAACAUCUUCCAAAUCAACAAAAUCGAUCUCUCCCCCCUUCUCCGUCUUUCAAAAUCCUAAGUCUAUAAUGGGUGUUAUCACUUUGGAAAAUGAGUUUGCUGUUGCUGUCGCCCCAGCCAAGCUUUUCAAGGCAUACUGCCUUGAGACCGACACUCUUUUGCCUAAAAUUCUACCAGAGCACAUUAAGAGCUCCGAGAUAAUUGAAGGAAAUGGAGGGCCUGGAACCAUCAGGAAGAUCACUUUUGCCGAAGGCAAAGAACUCAGUUAUGCCAAGCAGAAGAUUGAGGCUAUUGACGAAGAGAACUUGACCUACAGCUUCAGCUUGAUUGAAGCCAAUGUUUGGAAGGAUGCAGUUGAAAAGGUGACUUACGAGCACAAGUUCGUGCCAACUCCUGAGGGAGGUUCCUUUUGCAAGAGAACAAGCACAUACUACAUCAAGGGUGAUGCUGAUAUCAACAAAGAUCAAAUCAAGGAUGUGUAUGGCAAAAAGACAGCAGGCUUGUUCAAGGCUGUUGAGGCCUAUUUCUUGGCCAAUCCAGAUGCCUAAAUACGAGAAUUCCCAUGUUUGAUAGUCUUUUCGGUGUGGCAAAUGCUUCUUCUUCUUUUUUUUGGAUAAAUUUUUUCUGCCUUGAUAUAUAGUAUUUGAUUUUGUGGUCAUGUGGUUAUUUGUAUGGAAGCAUUUCUAUUAAGUUAUUGUAUUGUUUGCAAUAUACAUAAUAAAAGCUUUGUGUUUCCUUAUA